UAAAUCGGAGAGUGCGUGCGCUUGGGCACUCGGAGCCCGGGCUGCAGCGGAGAGCAGAAUGGAGAUCCCCGUGCCUGUGCAGCCUUCUUGGCUGCGCCGCGCUUCAGCUCCUUUACCCGGCUUUUCCGCUCCGGGACGCCUCUUUGACCAGCGUUUCGGCGAGGGCCUGCUUGAGGCCGAGCUGGCUUCACUGUGCCCUGCCGCGAUCGCCCCCUACUAUCUGCGCGCCCCCAGUGUGGCACUGCCCACAGCACAGGUGCCCACGGACCCUGGGUAUUUUUCCGUGCUGCUGGAUGUGAAGCACUUCUCACCAGAGGAAAUCUCUGUCAAGGUGGUCGGCGACCAUGUGGAGGUCCAUGCACGGCAUGAGGAGCGCCCGGAUGAACAUGGAUUCAUUGCUCGAGAGUUCCACCGCCGCUACCGCCUGCCUCCCGGCGUGGACCCUGCUGCCGUGACCUCGGCACUGUCCCCUGAGGGUGUCCUGUCCAUCCAGGCCACACCAGCAGCGGCCCAGGCCCCACUUCCACCACCACCUGCUGCCAAGUAGGGGUCCGGGCAUGACAGGACCGAACCUGGGAAGCCUCUUUAGGCUCCCUUUUAAAAGCCGAUCUGACUCCGCCGCCCAGCCAGAUGUCCCAAUCGCUGUCAAGACAGUUCCUCCCAACCAAAUCUAGUGUCCUCCCCGCUCCCCUAGGACCUUUCCACCCCAAACCCUACCUGGGCCUUAGGUAACCUAGGCACCCUCCCUAACCUCCCGCCCACCAGCUUUCAGGCCCCACCAUAGUACCUCUCUCGGACAACACCAACACCAUCCCGCCCUCUGCCCAGACUCCCACUAACUGACCCCAUGUGGGGCUUACGCCACCACUCAGGCCUCCUCUUGCACUUCUAAGUUGUAAAGCACCGCACUGCAGGGUACAAUGAGGACAGGCCUCCCCCAUUCCAGACCUGUCACCUGUCACAGUGACCCCUGGGCUAGCCAGUCUGACUGACUGCAUGGGCCUUCCUCAUCAGAACAUUCAGGCCUGGUCCACCAGACUCUAGAUCCUGUCCCUGCAACCUAACACUCCUCUGCCCCAGGCCAUUUUAAACUUGAAACUCCAGGAGCCUAAAUUCCUGAAUCCUGUUCUGACCUCCCAAUCCUUGGACGGCUAUUCCCAACCAAUCAGGACCCCCAAACUCAAAUUGUACAGACACCUCAACUUCCCCAGAUGUGACAGGCCAAUGAGCCAGAGCCCCUGAGUUCCUUUGUCCUGACUCCCCAUCUGCAGCCAGAUAUCCUGGGCACCACCACCUCCACUUCCCCUGUAAGACCAGUCACACCUUCAUCCCCUGUCACCUCUUCCCUUCCUAUAUUCAGUCCCCAAUAAAUGUGCUAGAGAUUGUCAA